AUGUUCGCCAGAUAUGGGACGGUCCGUCACAGCAAUCCCAAGAGUUCCAUGACCAACUUUCAAACUGACACGAUUCCCAGAUAUGUCCCCCCGGACCAAGAAGGCGUCACCUCCGCAAACAAGCUCGCCGGCAAACACCCCCUCGGCGCACGCGCACGCCACCUCCACACAACAGGCGCCCUCAUCGUCCGCUUCGAGAUGCCCUUUGCCGUAUGGUGCACAACCUGCAAACCGCACGAGACCAUAAUCGGCCAGGGCGUUCGCUUCAACGCCGAGAAGAAGAAAAUCGGCAAUUACUACUCCACACCUAUCUACAGUUUUCGCAUGAAACAUACCGCAUGUGGAGGAUGGAUUGAGAUUCACACCGACCCCAAGAACACGGCUUACGUGGUAUUCGAGGGUGGGAGGAAACGAGAUACUGGGGAAGGCAAGGAGCUGCAGCCCGGGGAGAUUCUUAUUCGCGGGCACACGCAGGAUCCCGCGGAGAAAGACCCGUUCGCGAAGUUGGAGGGGAAGGUGGAGGAUAAGCAGCGUGCGCAGACAGAAUCUAGUCGUAUUUUGGAGUUGCAGGAGCGGCAGAGUCGGGAUUGGGAGGAUCCUUAUGAGAAGUCGAAACGGUUGCGGCGGACGUUUCGGACGGAGCGGAAGGGGUUGGAGAAGCUGGAGGCUAAUCGCGAGGCUCUAAAGGACAAGAUGAGUCUGGGUAUUGAUCUGGUUGAUGAGACGGAGGGGGAUCGUCUGCGCGCUGGGAUGGUGGAUUUUGGGGAUGGUCAGUCUUCGGUUAGAAUGGAGGCUGCGCGCGCAACUCGGGUUCGACCUAUGUUCGAGACAGUGGAUUCGAAGAGCUCCCCGAGGAGUGAGAAACGUGAAAAGGACAGAAAGGGGAUCCGGAAGACGCGGGCAGCAGACCUCGUUGAACAGCGCAAGGCUUCUCUGCGGAAUGAGUUGAAGGGGAACACGCGUGCUGUGGUAGAUCCUUUUCUCAAGGAUAUGGGAGAUCCACAGGAUAUCUGGAAGCCAGGCGUCAAGAGGAAGAAGCCUUCUUCUACAACAGUGAUGCCCCGGGGACCUUCAGAGAAUCCGACGAGGGUGGGUGAGGACUCGCCAUACUCAGACUCGAAGGGCCACCCAGUGGCGCCCAAUGAUAUCCCUGAAAACACUGUCCAGCAUUCAUCGGCUGCUUUGGCGACCUCGGCAUUGGUGGGAUAUGAUUCUGACACGGAGUGA